CAGCUCAUGAAAUGCUAUUUAAUCCCAAGCAGACAUGUGAUUUUUCCAUGGGAGACAUGGCAACUUAUCUUCAAUGUUUUUGGGGCCUAUUUCUCUCACUCUCUCUUUAUUUUAUUCAAUCAGAAUCCACAUCUCAUGUUUAUGUUGUCUAUUUAGGACGAAGCCAAUUUCACGAUCCUUUGGUCACUUCAAAGUCUCACAUUCAACUCCUUUCUAAUGUGUUUUCCAGUGAAGAAGAAGCUAAGCAAUCCAUGCUCUAUAGCUACAAGCAUGGUUUCUCUGGUUUUUCGGCAAAGCUCAACUCAACCCAAGCAACUACCUUAGCCAAUACGAAAGGAGUGAUAUCAGUUUUUAGAAGCAAGGUACUAAAGUUGCACACAACAAGAAGCUGGGACUUCUUAGGCCUUACCUUGUAUAGCGGUGAAGUAACUCCGUUGCAAUUGACCUACGGUGAUGAUGUUGUAGUUGGGGUCUUUGAUACAGGUAUAUGGCCCGAGUCUGAGAGUUUCAAGGAAGAGCAAGGCCUGGGGCCAAUUCCAUCUUCUUGGAAGGGAAAAUGUGUUAAAGGGGAAGAUUUUGAACCAAAAAUGGACUGCAACCGGAAGUUAAUUGGUGCACGUUACUACCUCCAAGGCUUCGAACAAGAAUUUGGGUCAUUAAAUACAAGUGGCAACCCAGAAUAUCGAUCAGCUCGAGACUUUCUUGGUCAUGGGACACACACAGCUUCAACAGCAGUAGGAUCCAUGGUGAAGAAUGCAAGCUUCCUUGAUUUUGCACUGGGAACUGCUAGGGGUGGAGCUCCAAGGGCUAGGUUAGCAGUGUACAAGGUAUGUUGGGGCAAAAAUCUUGAUGGGAAUUGUGCAGAAGCUGACAUUCUUGCUGCUUUUGAUGACGCUUUACAUGAUGGGGUUAAUAUAAUCUCGGCCUCGUUUGGUUCCGACCCUCCAUUGACUCCAUUCUUUUCAUCAAGUGCUGAUAUUGGUUCAUUUCAUGCAAUGCAACUGGGUGUAAGUUCAGUGUUCUCAGCUGGAAAUGCUGGCCCUGAUCCAUCUCUGGUGGGAAAUGUCGCACCAUGGACAAUAUCAGUUGCUGCUUCCUCUAUUGAUCGCGUAUUUCCAACUGAGAUAGUUAUUGACAGUAACUUCUCUGUCAUGGGGGAAAGCUUAAUUACAAAUGAGAUUAACGGAAGAUUGGUGAGCGCAUUCUCCUAUUUUGCUGAUGGGGCUUGCUUGAUGGAGAAUUGGAACAAAAGAGUAGCUAAAAGGAAGAUUAUUCUAUGCUUCUCCAACAGAGGCCCAGUGCCAUCAGCUGGAAUUGCACAAGCAGCAGUCUUGGCGGCUAGUGGAUCGGGACUGAUCUUCGUUGAACCUCCCACCAUGCAAAUUGCUGAUGUUGAUAUCAUCCCCACAGUGCGUGUCGAUGUUGGUCAAGGGAAUAAAAUUCAAAUCUAUAUUGCUCAAUCUUCUCAGAAUCCUGUGGUGAAGAUAUUGCCGAGUAAAACAGCUAUUGGAAAGUCACCAGCACCUGUUGUAGCAUCCUUCUCUUCUAGAGGCCCGAGUCCAAUUUCUCCUGACAUCCUCAAGCCAGAUGUAACUGCUCCAGGAGUUACCAUAUUGGCAGCAUGGCCCGCCAAGACUUCUCCAACAUUGUUACCAUUUGAUGAUCGCCGUGUGAAUUGGAACUUUCAAUCAGGAACAUCAAUGUCAUGCCCUCAUGUGUCUGGAGUAGUCGCACUUCUCAAAUCAGCUCACCCUGAUUGGUCUCCCGCAGCCAUUAGAUCUGCUGUAAUGACCACAGCAUAUACAAGGGACAACACAUUUGACAGCAUCCUAGCUGGAGGAUCAAGGAAAGUUUCCGACCCCUUUGACAUUGGUGCUGGCCACAUACACCCUUCCAAAGCAAUGGAUCCGGGCCUAGUUUAUGACAUGAAAACCAGAGACUACAUUAUCUUCCUCUGCAACAUUGGCUACAACAAAAAUCAAAUAAACAUGUUGGUUCUUCCAUCUACUGGGACUGACACAAGCUGCUCUCAUGUACACCAAACAAACUCCAACAUAAACUACCCUUCAAUCACAGUUUCCAAUCUCCAAUCCACAAUGACCAUUAAGAGAACUGUUAGAAAUGUGGGUAGAAAAACAACUGCUAUAUACUUUGUUAGCAUUGUGAAGCCUCAUGGAGUGGAAGUGCUAAUCUGGCCUAGGAUUUUAAUCUUCUCAUGCUUCAAGGAGGAACUCUCUUAUUUUGUGACACUUAAACCACUCAAGAAAUCUCAAGGGAGAUAUGAUUUUGGAGAGAUAGUGUGGUCUGAUGGAUUCCACAAAGUUAGGAGUCCGUUGGUUGUGUUAGUGAACAACAGCAAUGAUGAUGAUGAUGAUGAUGAUGAUCCUAGUGUUUUUGCAUCUAAUAUCACUGCAGCUAGCAGCAGUAUUUAGGGUCCCUUGAGACCCUAGCUGCUCUUACGCGUAUCUUUUUAUGAUUGAAGAUUGGGGAUUUUCAUGUCUUAUUGAUAUGUAUGUACUGUACCAUUAAUCAUCACGUUAGGCUUCUGCCUAGGUGACUGGUUUUCCUUUCAUUAUUGAAUAAAAUCCUUGUGCCCUUUCUUUUCCU